CCGCCGUCCCUCUCGCACCCAAACCCCAACGAGAGCCAGGAGAGAGGCCAUGGAUAACAGCAAUUACGACUAUCUUUUUAAAGUAGUUCUCAUCGGUGACUCGGGGACGGGAAAAUCGAAUCUUCUGUCUCGAUUCACAAGGAAUGAGUUCUCGCUCGAGUCCAAGUCGACCAUUGGCGUUGAGUUUGCGACGAGGAGCAUCGCGGUGGACGAGAAGACAGUGAAGGCCCAGAUCUGGGACACUGCCGGCCAAGAACGUUACCGGGCCAUUACGUCGGCCUACUACAGAGGCGCCGUCGGUGCGCUCCUCGUUUAUGACAUCGCAAAGCACCCAACGUACGUCAACGUGAGCCGCUGGCUCAAAGAGCUGCGAGACCACGCAGACAGCAACAUUGUCAUCAUGCUCGUGGGGAACAAGAGCGAUUUGCGGCACCUGCGAGCGGUGCCCACCGAAGAGGCAAAGGCAUUUGCGGCCGAAAACAACCUCUCAUUCAUCGAGACUUCGGCAUUGGAUGCGUCGAACGUAGAGCAGGCUUUCCAGAACAUUCUCACAGAAAUAUACCGCAUCGUCUCCAACAAGGCGCUGCAGUCAUCAGACGAUGUCAUCAAGCCAUCAGGCGGUGAGACGAUCACUGUGCAACCCUCGGUGGACGAUGGAGGGGCGCAAAAGAAGGGCGGGUGCUGCUAAGCCCAGCAUUGAGUGUUUUGGGCUGGUCCGGUCGCAUGUCAUCACACGAUAGCAACGGGGUUCGAUCGACCCCUUCUCAUGAACUUGUAUUAUUCUACAGGGGGCAUCUUCUCUCUCGACGCCCUACAAGGCGCGCUUCUUUCCGUUUAUCCUCCCUUGGUCUCAGCUCUGUUUCUUGUUCCUUCAAUCUCAUACGAUGCCUCCUGAUGUUCGGUCUCGACGCACGACUUUCCAUCUUGACGUCGGCUCCAAAUACACGCCCCAUAGCAAAGAGCAAAUGUCAAGAU